ACUGUCACCAAUCAGAUGCAUGUAGUUACAAUCGCAAACGUACUUAUUAUGUUUUAAGGAGAAGAAAGUCUGAGUGCUUAUAGUCUGAGUGCUCCUUUUCGUGUGUCGCGUCAGGCGCGACACUGAGAUAAAAUCACCUCAGCUGUAGCAACAGCAUUACUGAUCCUGUUUCCCUCCUUUUCACCGUGGGUGUGGGUGACGGUGAUGUCGAGAUAUCAUGCCUUAUUUACCUAUCCUUGAUGUACCUACUGACAUGAUUCGUCUUCAAGUUCAGUACAAGAAAUCAAUCCUCGUCAUACUAGUGGUCCCUAGUUGCUGCGUGAGUAUUUCUUGCCGAAGAAUGAACUGAACCUGCUUCCGGAUAAGCACGACUUGCACGACAUCACAAAAGACAACAAUUUUUCUGCUGAGCUCAAUUCUUACUCUUACAACAAAUAUCCGGUUCCGGAGUCCGAUUUUCAUUUUUCAUUCAGAGCAGCUGCAGCAAAAUGAACUCCACCGAAGGUGGAAAAGCCAGCAGGUCUGGGGUACUAGGUUGCACAAUAUGGUUAUUAUAUUUGCAGCUUGUUAUAAUUUAAUGAAGUCCUUUGAGUUUGUUAGAGCUUGAUUGAGGUUGCGUACGUGGGCUGUACAACACGAGCACACACCUAUGCAUCUAUGUAUAAUUAAAUAUAUGUGUACUUAGUUGAAAAAUUGUCUUUUUGACGAGGAGUUUCCGUUCCGGAUUGUAAUUUAUUCGUUACCUUUUAACACCGAAAAUGACGAGGCAGCAGGCGAAUGUUGUCGUACGUUCACUCUCUCAAUUUUGAAAAUGUUUUUGAAGAUGAUCGAAUAUAUUAUUCAUUGAUUUGCACAAUAACGAUCUUCUGAUAGAUGCAGCAGCCAGCACGUGCACGGCCAAGGAAGAAUGGUCCUCUGGCAUCUGUGCGGCAGCAGGAUUCUAUUUCUCUGGAGAAGAACAUGGAUGAAAAGUGCACCCGCCUGCAACCUGAUGGAGAUGCAGCUCCUCGUGCGGACGUCAGAGACCGGCCCGAAGGUGGCGUCGAUGAAGUUAAGCAACAACAGGCCACCUUCUUCGAGUAUCAUCAACAUCAACAAGUACUAUCCACUCGUAGUACUAAAGCAGGAGAUCAUGAAGGAGACCUUGUGACCUCUGUGGCAGAGUCCGCCUCUCGUAGCGUCAAGGGGACAACAUCGCCAAAUCAGAGUCCCUCUCCUGUAGUUGCUCUUGAAGCACGACCGAAACCCGGCAAGCGCGCUUCCACAUCUUCGCCUUCAGUAAAAAAUACAGGAAGUACGAUCCCGAGUACAUCAAGCGGAAAUCCUUCUACAACGAGCAGUUGUACCAGCAUUAAUAUGUCUUCUACAACGACCACCACAUUGAAAAUAACAGGAGAUACACCGGUUUGCACAACCACAACAGGAACAAACAAGAUCCUGGUCAACAGUGGCACCGAACAAGUGGUCCCGAGACAAACCUCAAAAAAUCUCAAUAGACAGGCGGAAGUGCUGACCACAAGUUCUUCACAUGCAUGUAGUAGUACGACCAAGAAAAAAGACGAGGCACCACAUGCUCAAAUACCUAGAACAAGGCAUCUCACGAAUACGCAGAAGAAAACACUCCAUCCCGAGCAGGAAGGGGUUGUGGAAGAGGUUGCCGAUCAUGAAGAAGAGACAACAAGCCCUAGAAGAGGUGCCGACGUUGUAGCAGAUGCGGAGCUGGACCGCCCUGGACGGCGUGCAGCAAACAAAGUGUUUGAGGGAGGUUCAACAACUUGCAGUUGUGGAACAUCUUCAAGAGUAUCGCCAGUGAAACACGAAGAUGAAGUAGUAGAUGAGCAUAGGAGGAAGCGCAGUACUGCAGCUGCACAAUUGUUGUUCAAGAUGAACAAAACCUUCACGUCGAGGUCGACGAGGCAUGGAGGAAAGCUGAGGGCAAGGGGAAUUUCAAAGUCUGCGGCGAGUGAUGACGAACCGGAUUCAUCAACUGACGAAAAUCAACAUUCGGCUCAACAACGCGAUCAGACGCGUCCGCUCCUCUAUAACGCAAAGGUGAAGCCGUGUCAAAUGAACAAUACAGCUGCAAGCCGUCAUACUACACCAACUACUGGUCGCAGCACAGAUCGUCCACUUGUCCUCCUCCAGCACAAGAGCUUGACCCCAGACUAUCAUGAUGCUAAUGUCGGUGGUAGUCGUUUCACUGUAAAAAUCGUCGACGCUUGGCGCGUCCGGCUCUCGUCGCGGUUUUUUGUGUGCUUAGUCUACUUUGGUGCUUUCCUUCUAGGUGCAGUUAUUUCUUGUGUCUACUUCUACAGUUCUUGGGUGCCGUUUUUGGACGAAGAGAACGGAUCUCUGGACAGUAACGCGGCACGGUCUGUAGUGCAGCGUCGAAAUGGCAACUAUCUCUACUCACUAGCAGCUUCGAAUAAGACUUCUACUUCUACAUCUACAAAAACAAAAAUAUUGCAACUUCCUAACAACUACACGUCUAGUAGGGAAAAAGAAUUGAUGCUGCUGCCGCAUGUACAUGAUGAACACGAGAUGGAAAAAAGUGACGGGUCAACUACAACAUCGAGUAAAAGAACAUACGAGACCUACGGCAUGAACGACUACAGGAAUGACGCAGAAGCAGACACAACCGGAUGGAAAGCGACAAACGAUACCGGGUUUAAGACUACAAGAAUUCCAUCAUCCCGAGCAUCUUGGUUCCGUUUUUAAAGGGGAAGCGUGACCCAAGAUGAGGCCCAAGAUGGAUUUGUGGUAGUUCUAAUGCUAAUGGCUACCAAUCAAAACUCUCGAUCGACAACAAUCGUGUGCCAAAGGUGAGCCACCUUCGAGGUUUCCGAAAUGAAACCGGUGAAUCAGGAGCAGUUGAGAUGAACCGCUUACGAGGUGUGCCUCGAUACCUGCGUCUUGAUGGAACAGUCACUUCUACAACGACCACAUCAGCGUUUUCUUCCUCUGCACUUUCUUACUUCACGAAGGGUAAUACUCCUAGUACUAGACAAAAAAAUGCGUCGACUACAUCCAUCUUCGAGAGCUCUAGCUCUAGUACACCGAAGAGGGAAAGCAGGGACGUCCGGGACCUGCCAGCGAGGUCCGCGCCACGCUUGCUCAGUAGACAUUUUCGGCAAACAAAGGACCUUCUGUCAACAACUGCCGCCAUCACGAAUGGUACUUCUGACCGCGAGGAGCGGCUACAGCACCCGCCCAUGGCCACGACCGGCGGACAAACUACAACUUGGCUGCAAGUCACGGGGCAACAGACCUUCUUGGACUGGCUCGUGCAGUUUGGUGUAGUGAAGGCGGCAGAGAUGGAGCGCACGAUGCAUCCAUUGGCUUACCUGGUAAGCGGUGGAAAGGUUUCUAACGGUGAGGGAAUUCCUGGCCUUCACGAGGGACUGCCGUACUACGGCGGGGUGUUCGCGUCAGACUUUAAGGUCGAAAAAGAAAUGUACUUAGUACUAGUAGUACCUUGUACCAUUUCUCGAGGAAGAGAGAGUAGAUAUUAAGUAGUUAUAAUACCUACAAAAUAUAAGUCCUGGAAUCGGAACAAAAGUGGAAAACGCAGAGAAACAGAGUAGAACGCUCACUCCACGCAUGACGUUGCUCACCGACUCCUUCAAGUUUCUUCAGUGGAAGGUGAACAACGUCACUGCUUUGAAGAGUCAUCUGAGAUGAAGUCGUAGCAUCAUGAGUACGGGCGUACUACUCACUGAGAGGCCACGCAUACACUACCAUAUAGUGUAUGCUAAGUAGUACUUAGAUGAAGCCAUGCAGCAGGUAUACACGACUACUACCUCUCUAGCACGCUGCUAUUAUUUCCAUACUUUUCAGGGAUGCGCCUGCUCGUCAGUAAUAUGAGCAGCGCUAAUAUUUUCCAGUCCCACAAUGAGGAUCCGACAGUUCAAAUCGUGCAACUGAUUCCAGGCGAGAAGCUUCGUCCGCAUUUGCCUCCGAACAGGUGGCUGCAAAUUGCUACUAGCAAAUUGCUGGGCCACGGAAAGUUGAGGCACCCACGAGCGAUAAUUCAUUGACUUUGUCACUAUAUCAUAGUUCUUCUUCCUAACUACUACUAUAUAUCAGUUUGUUGAUUUUUGUGUGUCCACCUAGCAGGGAUUCGAUUUUAAACAUAGAAGAAGCAUUCUCUUUCCACUUAGAAAUGUGAGCACUGGAAGUUAUCGAGGAGGGAGACAGAUGACUUGACUCUAAUAUCACGUAUACGCUCUAUUAAUUCUAGUAUUAUUUUUCGCAGUGAGGUGGACAGUGUUUAGGUAUGAUGAAACAAGCUGGUCCUAGUCGACCGCAGGUCUUGAGAGACCGAGAAAACUUGAAUUAUGGAUACCGCUAAGAAAAAGUCAGGACAUCCCAGUCUACGAGUCCACGUGCCCGCUGGUGAAAACGGACCCGGUGCACCAGUACGCUCUGGGAUGUCAAACGAAGGUGAUGCCACUCUUCAAUGGUAACGAUCAUAGCGUGAAUCAUUACGAGGAGGUAUCCCAGGAAAUUUUAUUGCACUGGCUCGCCCACUGGUUCUUCGUGAGAGAAGCUAGCAAACAUCAAGACGUGACGGCUGGAUACUACGAGGCGCGGUGCGUGGCUCGUGUCGACUCAUGGUGGCUCUCCCCGAGUGGCACACAUGUCUACUUCGUGACGGAGAAGGUUGAUCCGUUUACGCAAGAUGACGUUGCCGCUGUUAUGGACAACCGCGACACGACGACUUUUUCGACCAUCCGUGAUUGCCUCACUCAGCUCCACAACGACGCACAGAUAGCCCACGGCGAUGCGACGGUGGAAAACAUGGGAUGGGGAUGGGGACGAGGACCGGAAAACCGCGGCAAAAACAUCAAGCCGAAGGCGCGGAUUUUCAAUUUCGAGCGUGCGGGCGCCUAUCUGCGUAAGCCUUCACCUUAUGCACUGUUUGGUGACCUUAACAAGCCCGCACCUGGUCGUCGAAGUUCUGCUCGGUUUCGUCACCCGCACUUGCUGCAAAUUCCCAGUUGUACUAUCACCACUGGUCACUUCAUGUCGGGUCUUGCCGUAGAAAGGCAGGGCUUCGACAUCCCAAAGUUGCGGCAGCUAGAAACUCCGUUCGGCUUUCACAUCGACUUCCACGCCUUGACGACCAGCUUUCUAGAACGUGCGCUAAAAGCGGACGUCAGAUGGAUUUCCACUGAUCCAAUGUGCGGCUGGGACCUCAACGCAGUGGCUUUGCAGCGUGGUCUCCUGCAAGGGGUACCUCCCGACGCCAAUCCACCACCGUUGCAACCCUUCGAGUACUGCAACAGCGCGCUUGAAAACGAGGGAAAGUGCAAAAUGCCCAGUUCUGAUUUUCAGUACCCCAUCCACAAAGAAUGCAACGAGGACAAUUCUGAUCUUAUGGUAGUUCUAUUUCGUCGCCCACUGUGCCGCUCCUGCAUCGUUGGUGCGACCGUGUCGAAUAGCUUCCACCUCCUCUACCCAGUAAUAAUAAUAUUUGUUGAAGUUUUGAACACCCGGGAGGUUGUUCAUCAAUGAUAUUUUCUUGUGAUUGUGUCCGCCUAGCUAGUGGGCUCCUUUUGUCAGUUUGUUUGCUUACAGCUCAAGAACAGGGCCUGUACUUUCUUAUAUAUAAAUAAAAUUUAUAUAUCAUUUGAAAAUUUAUUAAAUCAUUUAUUUGGUUUCAUUUUCUUUUUCAUAAGAUGAACGAACUUUAACCACCACUUCUAAUCGUGCGGAUCCUCCACAGGAGUUCAAGAGUGGUGCUUUUAGUCGGAAGCAGGUCAUUUGCUACAGGGGAUACACCGUUUAAGGAUUCUACUUAUCUAACUAAGUAAGCGUUUACUGGUAUACGCACUGCAUGUAUAAGUAAUUCAGAUUCACCUUGAACUUGAAAUACAACGUUAGGUGUACAACUACAUCAAGAUCAACGUACUGAUUUUGUUUGUUGUAUUCAGAAUCCCCACCUUUGACACAGCCGCAAACGGAGGAGAACGUAGGACUUUGUGAUCAGCUACAGUGGAUAAUCAAUGGGCUUCUAUCCUCUACAUCUAUUGUGGAACGUGCUAGAUUGUAGAUCGUGAGCUCCAUCAGAUGUCGCAUGAAUGGCGACAACAAUCCUUAGAAGGAAAACAUAUUUAUUGUCGUGUUGUUCUUACACUAGUAAUGGACCAUGCCAGCAAUGGGCAAGACCAAGAGCUGGAGGAAAGUUUUGAAUUUUACCUCGCCUCUAAUAUGCGGCCCAGGCGCGGGCCCUCAUUGCCUUGCGGGAUCCACCCCAUGCGCUACAUUAUCCAGAACCCUUAUUGGAAGGUCUCUUGUACACAGCAGUGCUGCUUUCGCCAAAUUAUGGCAGAAGGACGAGUCAUUGAGUGCCAACUGUGCAGUUGGCCUAGUGGUUUAGGUGUCUGUUUGCUUUAACGACAUCUAUUGCUAUGCAUCUUCACGACGUGCUGCUAUUAAUCUUGAGUAUCCCCGCAUGAAUCUUAUCGUAUCCUCCAUCCCCAAGGAACUUACCAAAGAAGUGCCUCUGUCUCUUCUCCUGACGAGCGCGCCAGCCGGUAGCUGCCCUCAUUUUGGCAGAUUAUUGGAGCAGCAAGUAAAUAACCCUAUUAUGAUGUAUACGACGAGGGCAAAGUCUGAGCAUCAAGAAGUUCUUACCCCUCCUAACGCGAAGCGGACCCGAAUGCCAGUGAGCUGAUUAUAGAACGCCGGCCGAGCCUGGAGGAAGAGCCGCAGGCGGCAGAGCGCAGGCGAAGGGAGGCGGGGGAGGCAGAGCGCAAGCGAAAGGACGAAGAGGAGGCGCAACGCAAGGCGCGGGAGGAGGCAGAGCGCAAGCGAAGGAACGCGGAGGCGGCAGAGCGCAAGCGGAGGGAGGCGGAGGAGGCAGAGCGAAAGCGACAGGACGCCGAGGAGGCAGAGCGCAGGCGAAGAGACGAGGCGGAGCGCCAGAAGCAGGAAGCGGAACGCACCAAGGCAGCGGAGGAGGCGGAACGC